AUGAAGAGCUCUCUCAAGGGGUCUCCAUCUUCCUGUGUUGACAAUGGCGAUGAUGACGAUCAUCAAGCUGGACAGAGGUUGGUAUUAUACCAUCAUUUGCUAGCUGCCGCUGAUCAUCAUCAGAGAAGCGGCCUGCAGAAAUCGCCGUCGUCGUCGUCAACUCCGGUGAGACCUUAUGUUCGCUCGAAAAUGCCUCGCCUCCGUUGGACACCUGAUCUUCACCACUGUUUUGUGCAUGCAGUCGAAAGGCUUGGCGGCGAACAAAGAGCUACUCCAAAGAUGGUUUUACAGAUCAUGAAUGUGAAGGGCCUUACCAUAUCUCACGUUAAAAGCCAUCUUCAGGAAGCUAAGGAGACUCUGAAAGAUGAGACGAAGCAAGCCAUGUGGAUUGAGAAAAAAGUGACGAGGGAGCAGAAUCCAAAUUCCUUCAUCAUAUUCAAGGAUCUACUCAAAAGAUGCACUGAUGCACAAGAGAGCAAUGAUCAAGGAAAAGCUGUGUCGCUAGUGAGUGCAGGUUGCAAGAGCAAUCAUAAAGAAUUUGAAGAUGUAUUAUUAUGUGAAGAAAGUGAAAGUAGCAUGAGAGUAGUUUCUAAUAAUGAUGCAAGAAUGUCUCUAUCACUCAACUCGUCACCGAAAGCUUCUCAUGAGCUGUUGAGGCUCAGCAAAGCUGCUGGGAAUUCAGAUAUGAAUGAUGUCUCUCUUGAGCUUACUCUCAGUACUUAG